GCGAUGUCGGCGCAGGGGGACUGCGAGUUCCUGGUGCAGCGGGCCCGCGAGCUGGUCCAGGAGGACCUGUGGGCCGCCAAGGCCUGGCUCAUCACCGCGCGGAGCCUCUACCCGGCCGACUUCAACAUCCAGUAUGAGAUGUAUACUAUUGAGAGGAAUGCAGAACGGACAUCGUCAGCGGGCAGAUUGCUGUAUGACAUAUUUGUGAAUUUCCCAGAUCAGCCAGUGGUGUGGCGGGAGAUCAGUGUUAUCACAUCUGCUUUAAGGAAUGACUCUCAGGAUAAGCAGACUCAGUUUUUAAGAGGUUUAUUUGAGACUCUUCCUGGCCGGAUCCAGUGUGAAAUGUUACUGAAGGCCACAGAGCAGUGCUUUAAUACUCUUGAGCGGGCAGAAAUGCUGCUGCUGCUUUUGCGACGUUUCCCUGAAUCGGUGGUUCAGCACGGGGUGGGCCUUGGUGAAAGCUUAUUAGAAGCAGAAAAUAUUGAAGACCAAGAAUCACCAGUUAAUUGCUACAGGAAGUUAUUUGUCUGUGAUGUACUUCCCUUAAUAAUUAACAACCCGGAUGUGCGGCUCCCUUCUGCCUUGUUAUAUAAGUACUUGAACAAAGCUGCAGAAUUUUACAUUAAUUACGUGACGAGAUCUACACAGCUGGAAAGCCAGUAUCAAGGUGUGCAGGAGACACCUGACCUCUUGUCACCCAGCAAGCGGAGCUCUCAGAAAUACAUCAUAGAGGGUCUGACCGAGAAAUCUUCUCAAAUAACAGAUCCCUGGGAGCGGGUGUUCAAGAUCCUGUCUGUUGUGGGUGUCAGAUGUGAAUGGCAGAUGGAUAUGUCAAGAAGAAGCUUUGGCGACAUAUUGCUCAAAAUGAAAGAUGUCUGUCGAUAUAUCGGUAAUUAUGAUAAUGAAGCUCAUACAAAAUACAAGACCCAAGUGAUCUAUUCCACCAUGCUGGUUUUCUUCAAGAAUGCAUUCCAGUAUGUCAGCAGCAUCCAACCUUCUCUCUUCCAAGGUCCAAAUGCUACAAACCAAAUUCCACUUGUUCUCUUGGAGGACGUGUCCAAUGUUUAUGGUGAUACAGAAGUAGAUCGCAGCAAACACGUCCACAAAAAGCGGAAGCUUGCUGAGGGAAGGGAGAAAACCAUGAGCUCUGAUGAUGAAGAUUCUUCCGGGAAGGGGAGAAAUAGGCACAUAACCAUUCAUGCAGCAGAGCUUCUGAACUCGGUUGACGUCCUGGAGAGCUUUAGAUUGGCUCGGGAGAGUUGGGAACUGCUUCACUCACUGGAGACACUGGAUAAGGAAUUCACAAGAAUUUGCGUGUCAUGGAAGACUGACUCCUGGCUCUGGCUGCGCAUCUUCCUCACAGAUAUGAUCAUCUAUCAGGGUCAGUAUAAAAAAGCCAUCACCAGCUUGCAUCACUUAGCAGCUCUUCAGGGAUCUCACUCUCAGCAGCAGAUCCCAGGGCAAGGAUCGCUAGAGAACCAGCAAGCCCUGAUCCAGCUGGCAACCUGCCAUUUUGCCCUCGGAGAAUAUCGGUUCACCUGUGAAAAGAUCCUCGACCUGAUGUGUUACAUGGCCCUUCCCAUACAAGAGGGGACUAAACUCCAGGAAGAGCAGCCAAAAUUGAAGUCAAAAUUCAGGAAAGUUUCGGAGCUGAAGCUCUGGCCGUGUACCAGUGCUGCCAUCCUGCCUUAUUGUCUGCGGCUACUGCUGGCCUGUUUCAAGCAGCUGAGAGCAUUCACAGACAAUAGGGACGACAUGGCCCUGGGCCACGUCAUCGUGUUACUCCAGCACGAAUGGCCAAGAGGUGAGAGCUUGUUCUUGAAAGCCAUCAACAAAGUCUGCCUACAAGGAAACUUCCAGUAUGAAAACUUUUUCAACUAUGUGACGAAUAUUGAUAUGUUGGAAGAGUUUGCCUACUUAAGAACCCAAGAAGGAGGGAAAAUUCACCUGGAAUUGUUGCCGAAUCAGGGAAUGUUAAUAAAGACUUCUAGCCCUCCGCUGGGGUUGCUGCAGCAGGAAUUCAUACCUGUACUUCAGCCCAGCGUACAGACUGCUGACAGGCAUCACACAGUGACCAGGGGAAUUACCAAAGGCGUCAAGGAAGAUUUCCGCCUGGCGAUGGAGCGCCAGGUGUCCCGUUGUGGAGAGAACCUGAUGAUGCUUUUGCACAGAUUCUGCAUUAACGAGAAGAUCUUGCUGCUUCAAACCCUGGCCUGAG